GUGCUGCUGAUCCGCAGGGUCUCGGUGCGCUUAAAAGCGCUUUGCGUUCAGACACGUAAGGACCCCGAUGGCCCCCAACCGGAGGGACUGCGCUAAGCGUACAACCCGAACCGGCUCCAAGCUCCCCUAGCGAAGGCAGGACCCCGAGAGCCUGCUCCUGGAAUACCGCAUUGUGUUUUCAUUUCCAGAGAGAGAAGGUGAUGCUGCUGAUGAUGCGCCCGCGAUGGUGGAUUUCCCUUUUGUGCGUCUGUGGAUUGAUGCACGUCGGUCACCAGAGCAGCCCUGACGCCCGAAAUGGAGACGCCUUGUCGAGCUUGAAGGCUCUUCGUGAUGCGGGCAGGUUCGUCGGGAAGGAGGACACGGUGCCUGUCCGCCUGCUGUACAGCAGACACAACCACAGCCAGAUCACACAGGAGCAGCUCAGCACCAGGGUGAAAGCCAGCCCCGGAUCCGCACAGGUGAACCACGUGGCCCAAGCCAGCUUUCAAGUUGACGCUUUUGGCAGAAAAUUUAUUUUGGAUGUGGAGCUUAAUCAUGACCUCCUGGCUUCAGACUACACAGAAAGGCAUUUGUCAGAAAAAGGGAAUACUGUCGUCACAAAUGGAGGAGAGCACUGCUACUAUCAAGGGAAGGUCAGAGAUGUUCCUCAUUCCUUUGUGGCGCUCUCUACCUGUCAUGGAUUACAUGGGAUGUUUUUCGAUGGCAAUCACACCUACAGGAUUGAACCUGGAGGACAGGGCAGCAGUGAUGGAGAUGUCCCCAUUCACAUGGUGUACAAAUCUGCUGGUCGAAGGAGACUAAAUAACGGUGACCUACCAGAACCACCUUUUCCCAGCCCUCCAUUUCCUGGAUCAAGAGUUGUUCACAGGAGAAAAAAGAGACAGGCUCCACGUGUGUCACAGAGUGUAGAAGAUGAGACUAAAUACAUUGAACUGAUGGUGAUCAAUGACCAUUUAAUGUAUAAGAAGCAUCGGCUUUCCGUUGGGCACACGAAUAACAUUGCGAAGUCAGUGGUCAAUAUGGCUGACAUGAUCUUUAAAGAGCAGCUCAAUACCCGCAUAGUGCUAGUUGCCAUGGAAACCUGGUCAGCUGACAACAAGUUCAACAUUGAUGAUGACCCCAUGGAAACGCUGAAGGAGUUCAUGAAGUACCGAAAAGACUUCAUUAAGGAGAAAUGUGACUCAGUUCACCUUUUCUCAGGGAAUCACUUUCAUGACAGCUGGGGAGGGGCUUCUUACAUGGGAGGAGUUUGCUCUCUCACUAAAGGAGGGGGGGUUAAUGAGUACGGGAAAACAGAUGAAAUGGCCAUAACUCUCGCCCAGACUCUUGGACAGAACAUUGGCAUCUUUUCUGACAAGAGAAGGAUCCUCAAUGGCGAGUGCCAGUGCGAUGAUCAGUGGGCGGGCUGCAUCAUGGAUGACGUUGGUUUAUAUCUGCCAAAGAAGUUCUCUGACUGCAAUGUGGAGGAGUAUCACAACUUCCUGAACAGUGGUGGAGGAGCCUGUCUGUUCAACAAACCGCUGAAGCUGUUAGACCCGCCAGUGUGUGGUAACGGGUUUGUGGAACCGGGAGAGGAGUGUGACUGUGGGACUCCAGCUGAAUGUGCCAAAGAGGGCGAGAAUUGCUGCAAACAGUGCACCCUGACCCAAGGCUCUAAGUGUAGCAACGGACUCUGCUGCAACAACUGUCAGAUGGAGUUCAUGGGAGUUGUAUGCAGGGAUGCAGUAAAUGACUGUGACAUCCCAGAAAACUGCACCGGCAACUCUGGUCAGUGUCCACCAAAUGUGCACAAAAUGGAUGGUUACACCUGUGAAAAGGACCAGGGUCGCUGCUUCAACGGACGGUGUAAAACCAAAGACAGACAGUGCAAGUACAUUUGGGGAGAAAAGGCAACAGCGGCUGACAAGUUCUGUUAUGAGAAGCUGAACAUUGAGGGGACAGAGAAGGGCAACUGUGGGAAGGACAAGGACACGUGGAUCCAGUGCAACAAACAGGAUGUUCACUGUGGAUACCUGCUGUGUUCCAACAUCUCACCUGCGCCUCGACUGGGAGAGCUGCAGGGGGGGCUGACAUCUUUCACAGUGGCCCGACACAGUGCCUCUCUGGACUGCAGUGGAGCUCAUGUGGUGAUCAACGGAGACACUGAUCUGGGAUAUGUUGAGGACGGGACGGCCUGCGGGACAGACCACAUCUGUUUCAAUCACAAAUGUCUCCCCAUCCAGCAGUUCAACUUUAGCACCUGUCCUGGGACCACCGACAAGACCAUCUGCUCUGGACACGGGGUGUGCAGUAAUGAGCUGAAGUGUGUGUGUUACCUGGGCUGGGCAGGAGACGACUGUAACUCCACAUCUCCGUUCAGUUACCUGGUAGUGGGACCCACUGCCAGCGUUUCAGGUAUCACCAGUACCAAUAUUAUCAUCGGGGCCAUCGUAGGCUCCAUCCUCUUCCUCGCCCUCAUUCUGGCUGUUACAGCCUGGUGCUACAAGAGCUACAAGCAGAAACGCUAUGUUGAGUCUGAGGUUCAUCGAAGAUUCUGCCGGCAAAUUCCUCCAGGUGACUAUGUAACAAAGCCUGGAGAUGCUGAUUCGUUUUACAGUGACAUGCCUCCGGGUGUCAGCACAAACUCUGGCUGCAGCUCCAAGAAGAGGUCAGCCUGCCUGUCGCACCUGCAGCUUUGCACACUGUCCUUCACUCCCUCCAUCCCAUCCAUUUCCCAGAACCUCUCAGUGUUUGGCUUCAGAUCCAAUGGCCUGUCCCACUCAUGGAGUGAGAGAAUCCCAGAUGCCAAACACAUCUCUGACAUCUGUGAAAACGGUCGACCGCGGAGCAACUCGUGGCAAGGAAACCUGAGCGGUAAUCGUAAGAAACUGAAAGGAAAGAAGUUCCGUGCCCGCUCAAACUCCACAGAGACGCUAUCUCCUGCCAAGUCUCCUACUUCAUCUACAGGAUCUAUUGCAUCCAGCAGGAGAUACCCUUACCCCAUGCCCCCUCUCCCCGAUGACCAGAGAAAAGCCAACAGGCAGAGCGCCAGGCUGUGGGAGACUUCAAUAUAACUGCAGUCAUACUUAUUCUGCAAAAGAUCGUAAGGAACUACACUUGUCUCUCCUUUUCUAUGAAUGAAAAACACAAGAAUUAAACUAAAUUGACUCUCGAUAAUGAGAAAAAGAGAGCGCCCCCACUGGAGUGGAAAUAGGCAGAGGUGUGUGUGAGUUAGUGUGUACAAGCAUCUCCGGAGGGUCUUGUCAGAUACUGUAGCGUCAUACAGCGGACGAGCAGAGCGCCUGCGGAGAAACCAGCUCCACGUCCACUCCAGACCAGCUGGAGAUCAGACCGAGCUGUUCCUGUCUGCUCAGGCCUCACCCACAGGACUGGAAACCCCACUUCUCUGAGUCCUCUUCCCUGUCCUGAGCUCAAACCUCUCUUACCUUGGCUCUCGCACAACUCAAUUCAACGCCAACCUCCUUUUUCAGCCCUAACAACUUUUUUGGAGCUCCACUUUAAAAUAAAAACAACCAACAAAAGGGGUCACGAAGGCAGGAGCAGGUCAUCAUAUUUCUCUGCAUCGCUGGGUUUGUUGGAUCAUUUUGACGCACGUGAAUCACUGUAGAAACACCAACACUGUAUGCAUGAGACAACCCUGAUUAUCAGCAAACUCCUCCUCCUGGUCAAAAGACGAGAACAACAGUGGUCUGAUCGAAAAGGAAGCAUGCGAGGGGGCAGUGAUUUUAUACAUAGGCUUAGAAGCUUUCUCCCCACUAUAGGUAACCCAUAUUGUAUCACCAGAUAUAGACCCUGACAUGGACCCGAUCCGCCUCCUCUUGGAUGUUUGUGCGUGUGUAAAUAUGUACAGUUAAACACACACAGAAUAUGUUUUUCUUUUCAUUUCUUUGAAAGAGGAAAGGGAU